GCAUCAUCAUGUCGAGCUGCCUAUUCCUCAUGAAGACAUUUCUCGUUCUUGGGUUCCUGGCAUCCUGGGUGACUGCAGGAAAGCCUGAGUUUGGUGGUGGAUGUCCUCCCGACCCCAACCCGUGUGAGAAUCUGUGUGACGGGGACACAUCCUGUCCCCAGGGGCAUAAAUGCUGCAGCACCGGCUGUGGCCGCAUCUGCCGUGGAGACAUUCAGGGAGGGCGGGACGGUGAGUGUCCAAAUGUUUUGUUGGGCCUGUGCAUUGUCAGCUGCAUGUCUGAUGAUACCUGCAAAGCUGGGGAAAAGUGCUGCAAGUCAGGCUGUGGCCGCUUCUGUGUCCCAGCAGUGCUGUCAUCCCUACUGGCCAUGAACCCCAACUUGACCGUCAGGUCUGAUUCUGAAUUAGAGAUCCCGGUGCCCUAG